AUCGCACAGCCACACCUGCUAAGCCCCUCCGGGUCCCUCUUCUUCAUCGCUGCGGCACCACGCGCAUACUCCAAAACCUAAAUGGCAACGCCCGCCGGUAUCGGCACCUCCUCCUGGAGCCUCCCGUCUCCGCAAACACUCUCAAAUCCCAACAAACCUCGCGCCUCUGGCUCCGGCUCACGGCCAAGACUUUUACAUCCAAGACGCAGCAACAAACACGCGGUCACGGUAUCAUCCACCGGCCAAGCCGAGCAGCAAUCCACCGCUGCCGUCGCGGCGCCCGAGGCCGGCACGUCCUUCAGCGUCGAGUUCCUGACGCGCGACGGCUGCCGGCUCGGAAUCUCCAGGUACCCGGACUUCGCGUACAACGCCCAGGGCGGCCGCGGCGUUGGCGCCGGGCGCGGCGCGGCGGACGGCACGGUGCUCGUCGAUUUCGACGUGGCGAGCCUGUACAUCCCGGCCAUGUCCGGCGCCACCACCAGGUUCCUCGGGCUGCCGCUGCCACCGUUCCUCAAGAUCGAAAUCUUGCCCGAGGCUCUGCGCGGGACCAUCGACCGGACCACUGGUCAGGUUGACCUCAAGUUCAGGUCGAGGUUCUGCUUCUCGGUCGGGAGCAUCUACCGGGCGCCGCCCUUGUUCGUCGACACAACGCUGACGUCGGAGGAGUCCAGCGGAGCCAUAAGACGCGGGACCGGAGAAAGGCUGGACGGCCAAGGGAGGUGCAAGCUGGUCGGGGUGGCCGUCCUCGACCCCAUUGGCGACGCGUUCAUGGACACUUUCCUCAGCCUGCCCACCGAGUGCAUUGCUUACUUGAGCGCCACCAUCUCCAUCGUCAGCGCGAGCUGAUCGUGUGUGCCUGAUUCAAGGUCUAAACAUUUUGGGAACUCGGAUGCGUGCUGAAACGGUCGAAUCACAUAUGCUAUUCCAUAUGCUUCCGAGUGCGGCGUUUUGUAGCU